AUGAGCAACGAGAAACAGAAACACAACGAGCGGGAGCUUUCGUCAGCUUUGCAAUCUGAGGAGCUCACUAUGAAUACCAGUGCUACAUGUACCGGUACUAGUGACAGUGCUACCACGAGUACCGCUACUACAGAUGUUUCUACUACUAGAAGUACUUCUAGCGGGCUACCAGUAGUAGGAGAAAAAAGCGUCUUGGCUGAACUUAAGCAAUUCGAUACACAAGUACAAGAUAAGUAUGAUCAGCAGCAUCAGUAUGAUCAGCAGUACGAGCAGCAGUACGAACAAGACAAGGAGAAAGAGCAACUUACAGAAGUCGAGGCUCUUAGCCGCGAUAUUCUCAGAGCGGAAAAACAAGAAGCCAAGACGCUAGUAGAAGACGGGGACAUGUGUGCGACCUAUAGGGACCCGGUCGCGGAGACAGCUCUUUGGCAAGGUGAGAUCCAACCACUCCCACGCCCAUCACCACGAGCUACUACUAGUAGUAGCAAUACAUGUACUGGUGGUGCACAAGCUGCAAGGGCUUCCGUUCCAGGUGCAUUUGCUGUCGUGUCCUUCAGACCUACUCCCACCAGCGCGACUUUCGACGACCUUGAUUACGAGAACGAAACGAGCCGAGAUGCCACGACCACUGACCCCGAUCAGGGCGCGACUGCACACAAUACCCCCACCAUUGCGGACCUCCCUUCUUCUUCUUCCGAACGUCAGCCGCAGAUCUGUCCCUUAGCAGCUACCUUAUCACCGGACGAAACCGCAACUGCCGCCGUCACUGUCGCAUGCACACGAUCCGUGGUCGGAACCAGCUAUACCGCGGGCAGUAGUCGGGAACUUUCCCUAGGAGACGACCCAAGCAGCUCCUACACCAACUAUGAUCCAGAAGACCCCUCACGUUCCUCCAUGGUCGCUGCCAAUACAAGUAUUACUCCUGCUCCACUCGUAGAGGCAAAAGUCAUGCACGGAGACCAAGACACAAACGCAAGGCCCAAAGACUGGUUCUUCAUUGCUCUCAUGAUGGCCAUCAUCUUGGUUCUACUCGUUGUUGCGGUUACCAUGGCGCUGGCUCUGGCAGGCUUGUUCCAACAGGGCUGUUCUCCUGAUUGCGACGACGAAGUCACGCCCUUUACUUCUUGGACGGAAGCUCCUCACAAUGAAUCCGUCGCGUCCGGCCAAGCCCAAGCAUACUCAGGUGCAGGCGACACCAGCGCCGUCUUAUCAUCAUCAUCAUCUACCGCAUCAACAACGUCGUUGCUCGAAAAGAUUCGUCAAGACGGAGUCCUAGAAUGCUUGUAUCUUACCAUGCCAGGACUCUAUCACCGAGAUGAGCAAACAGGAGAAGUAUCUGGCUUCAAUUCCGAGUGGUGCAAGGCAGUUGCUGCUGCCAUUAUGGGUCCAAAGGACUACAAAAUCGAGUACAUUGACUUCAACCCCUACUCGGGUAACUUUGGGCAACUCAAUCCUCUAGGGUCGACCUUCACCAUGACGAGACACGUCAGAGAGGCCCGCAGCAAAACCGCAUCGUACUUUUCGGCUCCCAUCUUUUAUGAUGGACUGCAAGUCGCCGGAGACCCAUUCUUUGUGGAGUGUGUUCAAGAGAAGAACUUUCAAUACGUCAACGAAUGCGCCGACCUGAGAGCCUGUACCAUGAGUAGCAGUGCUCAUGGUGUCUUUACCUUGAGCAGGUUACCCAAACGACGGACCGUGCAGUCCGACUCUGUGGAAUCUGUCAUCCAAGGAUUCGUCAAUGGUUCUUGCAAUGUCAUGUUUGGCGAGAGUGCCAGUGUGGCGGAAAGCACUGUUCGAGGGUACGGAUAUCAAGGCAACUAUACGAUUGGUGACGUAAUGUUCACCAAAGUGCCCAACUCGUUGCAGAGUCGAGGAACGGACCGUCGAUUUGGAGACUUUAUGAAUGCGGUGGUGCAAGCUUUGUUUGUGGCCGAACAGCACAAUAUUACCAAGUCUACGGCUCAUUUGUUUCCUCAAACGAGUGUGUUUGGCGACGAGUACAAGGACAUGUUCCGUAACGCCCUUGCGGCAGUGGGCAACUACGGAGAGAUUUACCACGAACACUUGGAUGGAUUCCUACCCCGCACGAAUAUCAACCAGAUCAACGACAACAAUAAGGAGGAGGGGAGGAGAGUCGUACCGAUACGGGUCUUUUGUACUCGUACCCCAUUGGACGAAGCCAGCCGACAACGGAAAAUCAUGAAUUGGGUCCCAACCUGCGUCGUGUCUUGGAGAGAGGCCAUUUGA